CCCCCCCCACCUCUGCCAAAUCUAGUGUCUUGCCUAUAGCAACAUGGCGAAGCAGUUCUUUGCUAACGUCAAGUCCGCCCUGAGCGGUGACACUCUGCUGUUGACCAGCCAAAACAAUCCCAACGCGGAGCGUACCUUCUCGCUGGCUUUUGUCACUGGCCCCCAUCUUCGAAGAGAGGGUGACGAGCCGUUCGCUUUCCAGUCACGAGAGUACCUGCGAAAGCUUGUCAUUGGAAAGCCGGUCCAGUGCACCAUCCUCUACACUGUCCCUACCUCUGGAAGGGAAUAUGGCGUUGCCCAGUUGAAAGAUGGGACACAGUUGCCAGAUGAGCUGGUCAAAGCUGGUUGGCUUAAGGUCCGGGAGGAUGCCGGGCGGAAAGAGGAAUCCGAAGAAGUCCUGCAACGGCUCGAAGCUCUUCGCUCGCUAGAGACACAGGCUAGGAGCGAAGGGAAAGGCCUGUGGGAAGGCGUUGGUGGAGUUAUCGAGGUCCAAAAUGACAUUGGCGCCCUCGAUUUCGAUGAAUGGAAGGGCAAAACUGUCGAUGCGGUUGUCGAGCGCAUUCUGAGCGGUGAUCGCUUGCUUGUACGCCUGAAGCUGUCCGAUGAGAAACACUAUCAAGUUAUGACGCUGGUUGCCGGCAUCCGCACUCCGUCUACUGAGAGAGUCAACCAGUCUACAGGUCAGACCCAACCUGCUGAGGAAUUCGGAAACGAAGCACGGCAAUACGUUGAGCAGAGACUGCUCCAGCGAGACGUUCAGGUUGAACUAGUCGGUAUCAGUCCGCAAGGGCAGCUCAUCGCCUCUAUCUUGCACCCUAGAGGGAGCAUUGCGGAAUUUCUCCUUGCCGACGGGCUAGCACGGUGCAACGAUUUCCACUCGACCUUGCUUGGUGCAAAGAUGGCUCCUCUCAGAGCAGCCGAGAAGAAGGCACAAGCUGCCAAGCUCCGCCUUCAUAAGGACCAUGUGGCCAAGGCCGAGGGAGGUAGCUCGUCGGACAUGAUCGUCUCGAAAAUCCAAGGGGCCGAUGCGAUCUUUGUUCGUACUAAGACUGGUGCGGAGAAGCGGAUUAAUCUAAGCAGCGUUCGUGGGCCCCGAACCAACGAACCCUCCGAGGCCCCGUUCCGGGACGAGGCGAAGGAGUAUCUCCGGAAGAAACUUAUCGGAAAGCACGUCAAAGUUUCGAUUGACGGAUCUCGGCCCGCUAGCGACGAUUUCGAGGCUCGUGACGUCGCCACUAUAACCGAGAAGGGUAAGAACAUCAACCUGUUGCUCGUCCAGGACGGCUGGUGCUCCGUUAUCCGACAUCGCAAGGACGAUACUGACAGAGCGCCUAACUACGACGAGCUUCUUGCGGCCCAGGAGCAGGCAAAAGAACAGAAGAAGGGAAUGUGGUCUGGAAAGCCGUCCAAAGCCAAGACCUACGUUGAUGUAUCCGAGUCGGUGCAGAAGGCCAAGAUUCAACUCUCUACUCUCUCGCGCCAGAAGAAGGUACCUGCAAUCGUUGACUUCUGCAAGGCCGGAUCGCGAUUUACGAUCCUGAUCCCUCGUGAAGGGGUCAAGCUCACAAUGGUUCUUGGCGGCGUCCGUGCACCUCGGGCACCUCGGUCGUCUCAGGAGAAGGGGGAGCCGUUCGGACAGGAGGCACUCGACCUCGCCAACCGCCGGUGUAAUCAGCGUGACUGCGAGAUCGACAUCCACGACAUCGACAAGGUUGGCGGGUUCAUCGGCGACCUGUAUAUCAACCGCGAGAGCUUUGCCAAGAUUCUAGUCGAAGAAGGUCUUGCCUCCGUUCAUCAGUACUCGGCGGAGAAGUCUGGAAAUGCAAACGAACUCUUGGCUGCCGAGAAGCGCGCCAAGGAAGGACGCAAAGGCCUGUGGCAGGAUUGGGACCCGUCGCAAGAGGAAGGUGCCGACGCAGAAGAGACCGCCGACGCAGCACCGUCGAACGACGCUGCACCACUGGACAAGAAAGCUACCGACUACCGGGAAGUUGUCGUCACCAACAUUGACGCGAGCGGCAAGCUCAAGAUCCAAGAGAUCGGCAAAGGCACCUCGGCUUUGGAACUGAUGAUGAACGAGUUCAAGAAGUUCCACCUCGACCCCAAGAACAACAAGCCUCUCGCCAACCCUCCUAAGACUGGCGAAUUCGUGGCAGCUAAAUUCACCGCUGACGGUCAGUGGUACCGUGCGCGAGUGCGGUCGAACGACCGGACAGCCAAGGUCGCCGAGGUCAUAUACAUAGACUUCGGCAACAGCGAGAAGAUUCCCUGGUCGAACCUCCGGGCGCUCGACCAGCCACAAUUCACGACGCAGAAACUCAAGGCGCAGGCGACCGACGCGGCGCUCUCCUUCAUCCAACUACCGACGGCGCCGGACUAUUUCCGCGACGCGCUCGACUACAUUGCGGAGGCGACGGACGGCCGCCGGCUCGUGGCUAGCUUCGAUUUCGUCGACGCGAAGGAGGGCCUCAGCUACAUCACGCUCUUCGACGAGAAGGCCGGCGGCGGCGGGUCGGGCAGCACGUUCGUAGACUCGAUCAAUAAGGACAUCGUGGCGAACGGGCACGCGCUAGUGCCCAAGAAGCUGAAGGCGUGGGAGCGCGGACGCGCUUCGGAGGAGGUCCUCAAGAAGCUGCGCGAGGUCGAGAGCCAGGCCAAGGCCGACCGGCUAGGCAUGUGGGAGUACGGCGACAUCACCGAGGAUUAAGGAGGCUCGCUAUUCCGACUUUCAUUUGGGUCUCGGACGGUGGAGUUCUGAUUUUCCCUUUCCCCUCCUAGGUACCUCCAGGAGUCUUAUUGGCAUCCAUCCGCAUGGCAUAGGGAAAAGCUACGCUUAUCGUCUCUCGGCGUAUCAAAGGCAUUCCGCAUAGACACACACACGUACCCUCUAGUCAGAAAUAAAAGGAGCAUCUAUGGCACAAGCAUUACGUUCCAAUUUUUUUAAAUAUAAAGCCUCCCCCCCCGGAACGAGAACGAGAAGCAAAUGAGUAGUAGACGUUGUGAUUUGUUCCCACCGCGAUGUUUCCCGACAGGAUCAGGCCACUAGGGUACUUGCGCUGCGGACCGAUGGUCGGACAUUAGCCUUGUAAGGCCUUAAAGUAAUAGA